AUGAAACCCCAAAACCAAUCAGCCCAUUGCCCCAUUUCCAUUCUUUCCAAGUCCCUCAUGUUUUCAUUUCUUUUUCUUUCCUUGCUUAGAGAAACAAAACAGUGGAACAAAAAAAAAAUACUAAUCAAAAACCAAAAAUACUUUGCAAAACAUUAGAAACCCAUUAUAGAAUAAUCACAACCAACCCACAAGAAGCCCAACCCAAAGAGAAAGAAACCAA